CGCCUCUGAAGCCAUACCAGACGAUUAUGCUAAUGAUUCCUGUUUUGCUACUAAUUUCUGGCGGGUUAUCUUCAAGACUUGUUUCUCAGUUUCAGAUUGCCGUUAAUAAUUGGGUGAUGUGUGUAUCAUGAAUUCUUUGCUAGUGCUGCUAUUUGUUUUGAAUUUUUAUGUUGGAGAGGCUCUGUCUCACAAUGACACCCCAAGAAAAGUAUCAAGAGAUGAUAAUGGAAACAGCACUCGUGAAAAACGACAAACUGAAGGAUGUAUAUUGCCACAGUUCCCAGAAAACGGACGAUGGGUUAUUUUGAACGGCCAAAAACAGCCAGGAGAUUUGGUGGAGAAGAGUACGGCCAUAAGGUUCGAAUGUUUCAGAGGAUUCAAGUUGACAAUCCCAGAUGUAGUCAAUGUGCCAGCAUAUAUUGUGUGUGACGGGGAUUGGUCCGGAACAUUCCCAAAAUGUCAUAGAUUGUGUCCUCCUUUAUUUUCCACACCGACGACAAUUUUAACGUGCCGUGAUAAAGAAGGGUACAAGAUCAGUUGUAGUGAGGCCACUAAUGGUACUCAAUUAACUUAUCAAUGUAUUGAUAAUGAAAUUUAUGAAGGUAACACAAGGCAGAAGGUUUUCUAUUGUGAAGACGGAUUAUGGGAUAAUACCAAACCAGAAUGUCAGCCAGUGUGUGGAAAGAAGAAUGUAAAUGCUAAACCACUUUCGAUUGGUAGUGAAAAUACCAAAUUAUACGAGUUUCCAUGGGUAGCAGCUGUGUACCUCAAAGUUAAUACUACACUGAGAAAUAAUUGCGGUGGCACCUUGAUCACUCCUAGAAUUGUUUUGACCGCUGCACAUUGUGUAUCUCGAAAGGGGUUACCCUUACCACACGAUGAAGUAGAAAUCGCUGCUGGAAAGCAAUACCUCGAAUAUGCCGACGAAAGAGACGAAAAAGCUCAAUAUCGCAAAGUGUCUUCAAUCAUACUGAACAGUGAAUACAAAGUCGAAAGAAGUUACCAAUAUGAUAUCGCUCUUCUUGUUGCUGAUAAAAGCUUCAAUUUGGGCCCAGAAGUGCAGCCAGCUUGUUACGACGACAUUCCUUUACCUCGCGUUGGAGCCAUUGGAGAGAUAGCUGGAUGGGGUGGAACAGAAGACGGUGUUCAGUCCGAUCAAUUGAAAACUCUGCAUAUUCCUUAUAAAGAACAGACAAGUUGUGCUCAAGAACUUCCUGCUGAUUUUGUGAAUAAAUAUUAUUUCCAUGACAAGAUAUGUGCUGGAUUUUUUCAACAAAAUAAGAGCGUUUGUAAAGGUGACAGUGGUAGUGGCCUUGUUUACAUCAAUCCACAGGAUAACAGGUACUACGUUCAUGGAGUUGUCAGCAUUGCUCCUCAGUCUCGUGAUAGUACUUGCAACUCCCAAGACAACACCCUGCUCACAAAGGUAUCGGUAUAUUAUUCUUGGAUUGAGAGAGAAAGCAAUAUCAUAGAACGUUGUACCUUACCUCCUUACCCCCAAAACGGCAAAUGGGAGUUGGAGAACGGCAUAAAAAAAAUGCCUGGAGAUACGAUUCAGAGUCCCAUCACCCUACUAUCCUUUUCAUGCAAUCCAGGCUACAUAUUGGAUAGUGCAGAUUCCAGAUACUACUGUGCAUCAUCAAGGUUUCCAAAUUGCAAGAUGGUGUGUCCAUUACUGUAUUUCUCCACCGAUGCAUUCAUUGAGUGCGUUGAUGAAACCAACCAGAAGAUAGUUUGCUCUGAAGCAGCUCAAGGAGCCAUUAUGACAUUCACAUGUCCCCGUAAAAAUGGUGAACAACAAUCUGGUUCUAUACAUUGUAACCAAGGAUCUUGGAACGGUCCACAACCGGAAUGUAUCACUAAAAAUCCACAAGGUCCUCCAAAGGGGACACCAAAACCUCCAGUCAUCGUGACAACUGCACCCACCAUUCCAGAUAUGAAAGUCAUAUGUACCUAUGAUGCUCAGUGGUAUCCGAACCAUAAGGUGAUUCCAGAAGAUUUUGAUCCGAAUCUUUGUACUCACCUGGUAUAUUCUUCUAUGGGUCUUUGGACUAAAGGAGAUGUGAAGGUCAGGAAUGAUUCAUUAGAAAUAGACGAAGAAGGAAAGAUUGGAUUAUACCAUAGAGUAGCUGAUAUGAAACUCAAGAAUCCAAAUUUAAAAAUUUUAUUCAGCGUUGGCGGAUCAGCAGUGACGGAUUACAAUUUAUUCAGGAGACUGGUAGGAGCAGUUGGUAGAACUCUGGGUUUUUUGGGAAGUGCUGGGUACUUCAUCAAUACUUAUAAAUUUGACGGCCUCAAUAUCGAUUGGGACUCUCCAAAGGAAGCUGAAAAGGAAAGAUUGAAUGUGUUUCUGGAAAGAGUCAGAGAGGACUUUGACAAACAUGGUUGGCUGCUCACUGCAUCUGUGCGGCCUGACUUCAGCGGCACUGGUUAUGAUAUUCCAAAAAUGAAUAAGCUAUUAGACUGGGUAACUGUCAAAUCAUACGAUCUCUAUGAUCCUGACACCACCUAUACAGGUAUCCAUAACGCCCUUUCGGCAUCUUCCAAAGAUAACGAAGAUGAAAAAGCCCAUCGGAAUAUGCACGCUAUCGCUAAUAACUGGCUAGCUGCUGGACUGAGCAAAGAAAAACUUGUACUGAGCAUCGCUUUCCACGGUAGACUUCUGAUUUUGACAGAUGACGACAAUCAUUCUCUUCGUUCACCAAUAAUCGGACCAGGACCAAAUAAGGGUUUUCUGAGAUAUUAUGAAAUAUGUUCGAAAUAUGGCGGAUACGUGAAAGUUUGGGAUGAUGAACAGAAGUCACCGUAUAAAUAUAAGAAUAAAGAAUGGUUCAGUUACAAUGACGAGAAAGCAGUUAAAAAAAGGGCAGCUUAUGUCAAAUCAAAAGGGUUCAAAGGAGUUAAUGUGUGGCCAAUCGAUGGAGAUGAUGUUCGUGGGAAAUGUGGAACAAAACAGGUUUUAUUGAAAGCUGUCCAUGAGGGAUUGGGUGGGACUUGAAUAUGACUACACAUUGUACUUGCAUAAAUAUGAUCUCAUGUGUUGAAAAUAUAAUAAUAUACCUCUUCAUCAGUUGAAAUGAGAUUGGUCGAUUUUAUUCCAAUUAUCUGAAGG